AUGGAGUCAACGAGCAACCUGUACGAUGAGUUUGGAAAUUACAUAGGGGAAGACAUCGACAGUGAUGGGGACUACUCUGAUGGGGACCAAGACGAUGACAUGAGUGACGGGGUGGACCAGGAAGCGGAUUCGGCUUCGGGUGGAGAUAGCAAUGCAGAUAGUCAUGAAGGUAGUGAUGAGGGUAGCGAUGAGGAUAGUGAUGAGGAUAGCGAUGGCGAUGGAGGAAGUGAAGACGAAAGUGAGGGGGGUGGAGAAAAGCGCCUCGGGGAGAAUAUGGACGAACUGCAGAGGGCAUACGAAGGGGUGGAAGUGUUCGUGGAACAGGAAGAUACACAAGACAUAGAAGAAGCAACAAUCAAUAAGAUAAACACUAACGUAGAGAGAAUCAGCUUCAUUAAGAAGUUAGAUGUGGAGGCGAACAGGAAGAAUUUUGAUUUGAUUGAAACGAGUCUCCCCAACAACACAUUCAGUUUUAAAUACAUGUCCCAGUUGAUGUCCCAAACGGAAUUUAUAAAAAAUAUAUGUAUAGCAGGUCAUUUCCAUCACGGGAAGACGACCCUGAUAGAUAGGAUAAUUGAAUUUACUCGAGAGAAAAAGGACAGCAAAACAAAAUUGACUUAUGUUAAUGGGAUUGGAAGCGGGGGUAAUCCGAACAGCGGCACAGUGAGCUUCUUUAAUGUAAACACGGAAAUGGAAGGAGUACUAGUAAAAAGAAGCAGCCUUCGAAAAAAUAAUGCAUCCAUGGUGACUCCAUUUAAUGCAAAAAAAAUCGACCACUUAAUAAACUAUACAGAUACAAGGUUGGAUGAACAAGCAAGAGGAUUGUCGAUCAAAGCAAUACCUAUAUCCCUCAUUCUUCAAAAUAAAAUGUAUGAAAAUAUUCCUAAUAAUAUUUUAUUGAAUAAAAAAAAAAAUAAUUUGAAAUAUAAAUCUUACCUUUUUAAUAUUAUGGAUACUCCAGGACAUGUGAAUUUUUUUGACGAAUUUUUGUGUGCAGUGAAUAUUUGUGAAUGCUGCUGUUUGGUUGUGGACGUCACAGAUGGGUGUAUGUAUGUGACGGAGAAUGUGAUAAAGACAUGCAUUUAUGAAAAUGUGAAGAUGGUGUUAAUUCUUAACUGCGUAGACAAGUUAAUAAUGGACUUACGUUUGCCCCCGAAUGAUGCUUAUCACAAGAUUAAUUACACCAUUGAGGAGAUUAAUAAGAAAAUUGAAUCCUUUUGUGAUAUGUUAAACAAGAGUGUAAAGGAGAAGAAGAAAUUUCUCUUGUCUCCUCUGAAGAAUAAUGUGCUUUUCGCUUCGAGCAUUUAUGGAGUGUUUUUUACCCUCAAGUCGUUUAGUAAAAUUUAUUGCAAUUUAUACAAUGCAUACAAUAUUGACAUUGAUGAAUUUGCGCAGCACUUGUGGGGAGACAUUUAUUUUAACGAGAAGGAUUUUUCUUUCGCUUCAUCUCCACUGUAUUCAAAUCAGAGGAGAUCAUUUGUAGAGUUCAUUUUAAACCCAAUUUAUAAAAUUUUCGGUUAUGUAUGUUCAGAAGAAAAAGAAUUCUUAAUUCCUUUUUUAAAAAAUUUUAAUAUUACUCUGAAGAAAAAUGAUUAUCUCUUUAACAAUAAAUAUCUUCUUAAGAAAAUCAACGGAAUGAUAUUUGAAGAUACAACAGCUUUUGUCGAUGUCAUCCUGGACAAUUGCCCAUCCCCAUUGGAGAAUGCUAAACAGAAGACGAGGCAAAUUUACUCCGGUUCGUUAAAAACGAAAUUAUGUUACGAUAUGAUGAGAUGCCUUAAAGGAGACCAAACGGACAAUCUCAUGGUUUACAUAAUUAAGAAUUACCACCGACCGGAGUGUAUCAUUUUGGACCUCUUCGGUAGGGUCAUGUGUGGUACCAUCAGGAAGGGACAAACGGUUCGUAUUUUGGGGGAGGGGUACAGCCCUAGUGAUGAUGAAGAUAUGAUUACUCGAGUGGUUACUCACCUGUGGAUUUACGAGGGCAGAUACCGGGUUGAGGUUGAUGAGGUCCCCGCGGGCAAUUUCGUGCUCAUUGGCGGAGUUGACAUUUGCAUAAACAAAACGUGCACCAUAACUAAUGUGAAAAAGAGGAGAAAUGGAAACGCAAAGGAAUUGAGGAAGGUUCAGCUGAGCGGAACGAAAGGAACGGGAAUUGUACCCACUUCAGGAUCUCUUAGCAAUUUGAAAAAGGAAGAGCGAGCUCUCCUGCUGGAGGACGAAGAGGAGACAGAGAUAUUCUACCCCCUACAUAAGAAGUUCAAGUAUAUAAAUUGUGCGAACUCCGUUUUUAAGGUCGCUUGUGAACCUAUUAACCCAUCGGAGCUUCCGAAAAUGUUAGAAGGCCUGAGAAAAAUUGAUAAAACAUAUCCUAUGUGCAGCACCAAAGUGGAGGAGUCUGGUGAACACAUCAUCCUGGGGACGGGGGAAUUAUACUUGGACUGUAUUUUGCACGACUUGAGGAAGCUUUAUGGUGACCUGGAAAUUAAGGUGUCGGACCCUGUGGUGCAGUUUAACGAAACGGUUAUUGAAACGUCGGCUCUGAACUGCUUCGCGGAGACUCCAAAUAAGAAGAACAAAAUUCAUAUGAUUGUGGAACCGAUGCAGAAGGAGCUGAUGGAUGAUAUUGUGCAGGGGCUGGUCCACCUGAACAAGGGCGAGCGGGACGCCAACGUGGAGGAGUACUUGCGCACGGUCGACAGGCUUCUGCGGGAGGAGCGCUCAGCGGGGCACGAAGAGCAUGCGGUGAACGACUCGGACCAAUCGGACCGGUCUCAGCAGUCUGACCAGUCCGACCAUGUGGGUGUGAACGGAGCAGAGGAAGAAGACGUCGCCUCCGAUAAGCGCACGAACACACUGAACUACAACCUAGACAAGAACGUUAUCUCGUUGCUCACGGAAAAACACAACUGGGAUAUGCUGUCCAUAAGAUCCAUUUGGGCCUUCGGCCCGGAAAGCAACAGCCCAAAUAUCCUCGUGGACGAUUCCUUGUAUAAAGAAACAAACAAGGAAAACCUGUACUCCAUUAAGGAAAAUAUAAUUCAAGGAUUUUGCUGGGCCACGAAGGAGGGACCCCUAAUUGAAGAGUGCAUGAAAAAUGUUAAAGUAAAAAUAUUAAAAGGUGAAAUAGAUGAUGACCCAAUUAAUCGGGGAGCUGGACAAAUUAUACCAACCACGAGGAGAGCAAUAUAUUCGUCCUUUUUAUUAGCUACGCCGAGGUUAAUGGAACCGAUUUUGUUCACAGAAAUUAUUUGCUCAGGUGAUUCUGUGUCAUCCGUUUAUAAUGUGCUAUCUAGAAGAAGAGGACACGUAUUGAAAGAUUUCCCCAAAGUGGGUACCCCUUUGUAUAUGGUUCAUGCGUAUUUACCAGCUAUUGAGUCCUUUGGGUUUGAAACUGAUUUAAGGACACACACAAGUGGGCAAGCAUUUUGCUUGAGUAUGUUUGACCAUUGGCAUAUUGUUCCAGGGGACCCUCUAGACAAGUCAGUGGUACUAAGGCCACUGGAGCCAGCGCCCAUUCAGCAUUUAGCCAGAGAAUUUUUGUUGAAAACGAGGAGAAGGAAAGGGUUAACUGAAGAUGUUACGAUUAACAGGUUCUUUGACGACCCCAUGCUCCUAAACAUAAAGGACGAGUUUGCGGAAUAUUUCUGA